AGACAUCUCUCUCUCUCUCUCUCUCUCUCCAAUUCUUGGCUCCUUAGAAUUCAUCACUGGAUAUGAUAUGAUGUAAUUUACAUUUUUCUGAACAAAAGCAAAUCCAACCGUUGAAUUGCCACGGCCUCAUCCUCUUUGUUUUCUUCUUCCCAGCGAAUAAAUUCUCAGAUAUAAACACAUUUCUUUACACAGCGCCUUCUUUGUGGGCUGCAUAUAUUUAUCUUUUUCUCCGUUUUUCCCUGUGUAUUUCAUGGCUUCUAGACAAAUCUUUAAUGCAAACGAAAAUGGGAAUGAAAUUAACAGGCUAGAUAUUCAGACGGCCAUUGCUAAAGCAGUGGAGCUCAGAUCACUUCAUGCUGCUCUUUUACAGGGAAAAAAUAGCCCUAAAAAUUUAAGGUUCCCUUCUGCUUCUCCUGUUUCUCAUUCUCACGAUGCUUCCCAGUUUUCUGCUCAAGAUUAUCCAGUUUUUACUCCGAGUUAUGACGAUGAACCAUUACCGGGGUAUCAACAAGAUAUGUUCGAGAAUCGAAAUUAUGCUGAAAUUUGGAGAGAUUACGCAUUCAGAGGGGGAAAUGUCGAUGAAGCCAUAUUAUCUGAUUGUAGAACAACAAAUGCAUCUUCAAGAAAAGGAUUUCCCUCUGAAUUUGUACACUUGGAACAAAAUAUAUGUGCAGCCGAAGAUCAAUAUUCUGUCACGGGUUCUUGCAUUCAUAACGUUGGCGCGCUUAGAUUAUCCCCAAGACCCAAUUACUGCAAGUCGAGGCGAAACAGUUUGGGAGACCUUAGAUCAGUAUCAUCUUGCAACAGAUGUAUGCCUGCCACAAUUAGUACUGAGACAGAUGGUUCGACUAAAAACGGGAAGAAGUCUAAUAUCGUCGUACCAUUGACAGAUUCACACGCCUCCGUUCAUUCCCAGCCGAAAAACAAAGGGCUUAAUUUGUCAUGGUUGUUUUCUAGGAUGAAGAAGAAGAACAAGAAUGGACAUUCACCAAAUCGAAUGCAAUCCGAGAAUGCUUCCCAAAAUUUCCAGGACUUGGGGAUGGUAUCGGCUGAGACAUUGAAGAAAGAGUUAAUGGAAGCUAAUGAGAGUCGAGAUGCAGCCUUAAUAGAAGCCGCAGCAAUGAAGUCAUCACUGGAACAGCUAAGCCAGAAACUAGAGUAUUUGGAAACUUAUUGUGAAGAACUGAAGGAGGCAUUAAGACGGGCAGUCGAAACUAGAAACUCUCAACCUGCUGAAAAACUUUCGAAUCUUCCACAAAAAGGGAAAUCAUUUGAUGGUAAUGCAGAAAAUUCGAUGCCUGUAAGUGAGGAAGGUAUGGUCGAGGGCUUUUUACAGAUAAUUCAUUUCUCUGAAAUGAUCUUGCUACAGGUGAUUUGGUGGCUGAAUUUACCUCACAAGAACAUUGAUGCCGUCUUUGCUGGGAAACAUCAUGUUAUUCAAUUGUCCAAAGCUAUGUUAAUGGCAGGGGAUAAUGAUCCUUUUACAGAAUACCACUGGAGCAAUCUUCCAACUUGGGCAAAUUCUGGUGCUCUUCUUCUCAAGACAGUCGAAGAACUCGACAAACUUGUAUUGAUGUAUUUUAGUCGUAAUCAUGCGUUUCAGAUUAUAUGA